AUAACCAUAAGCUAUUUAUUAUUUUAGGGCGACACUUUAGAUAAUAAGCGUUAAGUAGACAAUCUUUAUGAUGGUAUAUUUUUUCGGUACAAAAGUGUAGUAAUCGUUUACGAAACGUUAUUCAAGUCUUGAACACCAUGCAAUCAAAAUGAAUUAUCUCCUCGUGUUCCUUGCCAUUUCCUUCCCGUUUUUUUCUCUUGCUGGAGGUACAAACAACACCUUUCGGCCCCCACCACGAAUAAUCGGGGGAAGUACAGCGCGCGCGGGCCAGUUCCCCUGGCAAGCAGCGAUUUAUCUGGACAACAUCUCAGGGAAGUAUUUUUGUGGUGGAGCUUUGAUCACAAACCAGUGGAUUUUAACAGCAGCUCACUGUGUCUUUGGGGGGAAAUUAUUUACAAUUCAUUUGGGGUCAAACACCCUUUUUUCGCAAGACGAAAAUAGGAUUAUUUUGUCGAGUUCGAAGUAUGUUGUGCAUCCAGAAUACGACCAAAAUACACUCGAAAAUGACGUUGGGCUAAUCCAGCUCCAUAUGCCCGUCACAUUCACCGAAUACGUUCAAAAAAUUAAUAUUGCCAAUAUGGGCCAAAUUCAUGAUGGGGUUGUUGUCACAGCCGCCGGUUGGGGGCAAACCAGCGACAGUUCUUCCGGUAUGAGUAAUAAUUUAAUUUACGCCGAAUUAUCCAUAAUUUCGAACACCGAGUGUCAAAUAACUUAUGGGAGCCAAAUCAAGUCUGGUAUGGUUUGUGCUGUUGGCAACUACAACGAAGGCAUUUGCAUUGGUGAUACUGGAAGCCCGUUGGUGAAGCCAGACGUCAAGGGAAGCCCCCUCCACGUUGGAAUUGCGAGUUUUAUGAGUCAAAACGGAUGCGAAAGCACCGACCCUUCAGGAUUUAUCCGAACAGAUGUUUAUCACAAGUGGAUUUCAAACGUCACAAAUGCGCCUUAAAUUGUUGCCAUUCCUAUCCCAAUAAUCUCCAAAGAUGAAUGGUCAAUCACCUGAUAAAAAAUAAAACCCACUUAAUGAAACAA